AUGUGGACCAAAGAAGAGGACGAAACUGUUAUCCGCCUGGUCGAGCUCUAUGGGCCCACAAGGUGGGCGUCCAUCGCUUCGAACCUUCCUGGGCGGAACGGGAAGCAAUGCAGAGAGCGAUGGCACAACCAAUUGGACCCAGCCAUUAAGAAGGAAAGUUGGACGGAGGAGGAAGACCGUAUUCUGAUGCAAGCCCAUGCUGAGCUGGGAAGUGCUUGGGUGGAAAUCUCCAAGCGUCUGCCCGGGAGGACCGACAACGCGAUCAAGAACAGAUGGAAUUCAUCGAUGAGUGAGUGA